AUGGACCGGGAGGCGUACCGCAACUGCUGCAGCCUGGUCAAGAUGCCGAGGCAGCCGUAUGAACAGUUCUGCUCUUCACAUUGUGUUGACUACAUCGACAAGGAGCUGAGCUAUUCGAAGUUUUUCAAGAAGUACCUGCUCCCCAAUCACCCCUGUAUGUUUUCGAGGAGGUUCACGGAGGACUGGAAGUGUAGAAAACAGUGGGUGUCUGAGGAGGGGAAGCCCAAUUUCCAGAAAUUGCUGCAAGAGUUUGAAGAGACUCCUGUGCCUGUGGCAAACUGCAAUUCAAAGGAGUACAACGCAAACCCUAAACAAGUCAUGCCUUUCAAAGAAUUUAUACAAUACUGGAAGGAAUACAUCCAGAAUGGCCACUCGUCACCUAAAGGAUGUCUUUAUCUUAAAGACUGGCACAUGGCAAGGGACUUUCCAGAGCAUAAUGUUUACACCACACCGGUCUUCUUUUCUUCCGACUGGCUUAAUGAAUACUGGGAUACGAUUGAAGUGGAUGAUUACCGAUUUGUCUACAUGGGGCCGAAGGGCUCAUGGACCCCUUUCCACGCAGACGUGUUCCGCUCCUACAGUUGGUCUGCAAACAUCUGUGGCAGGAAGAAAUGGCUCCUGUAUCCUCCCGGUCAGGAGGAGUUCCUGCGCGACACUCACGGCAACCUCCCUUACGAUGUGACGUCGGCCGAGGUUCGAGACGGGGGUCUUUUCCCGCACUCUGAAGAAGCCUGUCAACCUCUUGAAAUCAUCCAAGAGGCAGGUGAAAUCAUUUUCGUGCCCAGCGGCUGGCACCAUCAAGUUUAUAAUCUGGAGGACACCAUCUCUAUUAAUCACAACUGGUUGAAUGGCUGCAACGUAGACAUCAUGUGGCAGUUCCUUCAGAGCGAGCUGUCGUCCGUUCAAAAAGAAAUCGACGAGUGGAGGAACACGAUGGAGUCGUGGCAUCAGCACUGCCAGGUUAUCAUGAAGGCCUGCUCUGGUAUCGACUACGCGGAAUUUGCAUCGUUCCUGAAAAUCAUCGCCGACAACCGAAUGGCUGUGCUGAACGCCCGUUCCUCCGGGGACUCUUCGGAUUCCCCGCGGCACCUCUCGGAGACACUCGCCACACUCGGACCUCACCACGCCGCCUUUGACCUCCAAAGAGUGGCUCACGUUAUCGAAUGCCUGCUCUGCAAUGAAGACUUUAAGAGGCUCGAUCAUUCGACUUUGACUUUGCAGCCGGAAACCAUGCUGCAGCAAAUUUGGGGCACCAUACAGUCCACAAGAGGGCAGCACCUGCUUUAUCAGGAAUAAGUGUUAUCAUCAUAGCCUGGAAAUGGCUUGAAUGGAAAAAGUGCCAAUUUGUACAGUGCGUUAAAGAUGAUAAAGGCGUCAACACACAAAUUGAGAUGAAUGUCCAUCUCAAAUGUCGCUUAUUACCUUUGCAUUAAAAAUGUGGAAGGUUA